GCUCCGGUUUUCCUCUAUGUGUAAGCAAAAUACCUUCUCCUGCCUCUGAGGUAUUUAGCUGUUAGUUUAAAAGCAUGCCUAGCAGUCGCACUCUUCAGCGUGCAGGGCAAAAAAAGGUUGGGCGCUGAAGAGCGAGCACUUAGCCUAAUGGAACUCUAAGCUUUCCUGGGGGAGUCGUGGCCACUUGCCUCGUAGAAAAGGAUAUGCAAGGUGCCCAGAAGAUCAAGACAAUUCGUGUGGCCACUGACAUGAGUGCGGUGACACCGGAUGCUAGUGCGUCGCUUGAAUCCCUGGAGGAUGUUGCACGCAGAGAAUUAGGAGAAACGCCUGCGGUAAAACAGACGGCUCUGAAUGAUUUGCGUAAGCUUAUAUCAGGUGAACCAUCGUUAUACUGCCCCACGGAUGAUGCCUUUCUGGUGAAGUUUUUGCGAGCCCGCAAGUACGAUGCGCAGUCCGCUUUCGACAACAUCAAGAAAUACUUCGAGGUUCGAAGGGACCAUCCGGAAGUGUUUAAAGACCUAACUCCGAGCUGCAUUCCUUUCCACGUCGUUUGCCGCAAGCAUCGGCUGUUGAGGGUGUCGCGCAGCACAGACUCACUGGGAAGAAUGGUUGUGCUGAACAAGAUCGGAGCCUGGAAUACCGACAUCUGCACGCUGAACGAUUACUUCAGAGUGGGCGCAGCUGGGUUGGAGUACUUGCUUCUUCGGCAAGACGUUCAGAUAAAGGGCAUCGUGUGCAUUGUAGAUUUAAAAGGCCUCAACGUCUAUCAUCUGGCUCACUACACGCCAUCUGUGAUAAGAAAACUCCUCAAGAUUGUACAGGACUCUCUUCCACUGCGCCUGAAAAGAAUAUAUAUUAUCAACAAUCCUCCAAUAUUUGACCUCUUGUUUACAAUUGUCAAGGCCUUCCUCAAGGCAAAACUACUGAAGCGGACUCGCCUUUUCGGCUACAAUUUGGAGGAACUGCAUCAUCUCGUGCCAGAUGACGUCAUUCCGGAGGGAUGCGGAGAGAAGGAUGAAAGCAACCACUUCGACCAUUGGGAGAGUGCGGAGAGUUUCUACCAGGCGAUGGGCUCUUACGGAUACCGCGAGACCUUGACCGAAACGGCACCUGAACCAAACGGCGUGAGCCCUGAGGAGGAACUGUCAAGCGACGAUUACGUGCGCCUUUGAGAAUUUUGCAAUGGGCUUAAAGGGCAGAUCCAGCGAUUUUACAGUGAAGCUGGUUAUGGCUAGGCAUCCGUGCAUUUUUCGUGCGCGCGAGCAAAAACUCACACCGCCUUCUCUUUGUCGUCGUUCCAACCGCUUGCGCGCCUAGUUUUCUGUGCCGCUCUCCCGUGGUGGCGGCACCGUCGAGUCGUCACGCGCUUCUC